UUGAAAUGGUUAGACACCCAUCAAAUUAAGCAAUUUGCGAAUCAAUUAGUAGUAGGGCUUGGUCUGCUCUAUAUAAGGCCAACAAGUCUGACUUUCCAAUCAAAGUAAGGAGAAGAACAGUCAUGGGUUCGGACAACAUCAAAGGCUCGCGAGCUUUGGUGCGGAACCUGAAGUUUUGUAGACUGUGGCCGAAUCGAAGCUCAGUAACAUCUAGUUCUACGUCUGCAUCACGCAUCAGAUUGCUCGAAUUGAUGAAGUCGUUCACGCUGCAUUUCUUUGUGACCUUUACGUUCACGGCCAUGAUGUGGAUUGAGGCUGUAAGCAGCGAGGACUUCGAGCACUGCACAGAUGUGCUGUUCAUCACGCUGACGAUGACAAGUCUGGUGGCAAAAAUUUUCAACAACUGGCAUUAUGCUAAAAUUGCUCGGAACUUACUCGAAGAGUGGAGCGAUAGCCCACAGUUUGAAGUUCACUCCGGCCCGGAGCGUGAUAUGUGGGAGCGGGAACAGCUGCGCUUUUUGCGUUUCGCCCUCCUGUACUGCUUCUGCAGCCUGGGCGUGGUGCCGUGCAUCUUCAUAUCCGCGGCGUACAACUAUCCAAAUGAAUUGCCGUUUUUGGUGUGGGUGCCCUUUGACUGGCAGAAGCCCGCUAAAUUCUGGUGUCUAUACGCUUAUCAGCUGUUCGCUGUGCCAUUUACCUGUCUGUCCAACAUAACGUCGGACCUACUCAAUUGCUACCUAAUGCUGUACAUUUCGCUUUGCUUUAAGAUGCUGGGCAUGCGUCUAUCUGUGCUUGCUCCCACUGGGCAUCGCGACUCUGAGCGCCAGCUGCGUGUGCAGUUGCUGGACCUUAUUAGGCUUCAUAGGCGCGUCAAGGCUCAGGCUGAGAUGAUUCAGAUCUUCAUCUCAAAGAGCACGCUUAUUCAGAUCUUGUUGAGCGCCAUAAUAUUGUGCCUCUCCAUCUACCGCAUGCAGAUGCUCAAUGUGUUCCAGACACCGAGCAUCUUCUUAGCUAUGUUAGAGUAUUUAUUCGCGAUGACUAUGCAAAUCUAUUUGCCCAGCAUAUAUGGGAACGAUAUUACCCGCAACGCUGAUCGGUUGCCGACUGCUCUCUAUAGUUGCUCUUGGCCAGAUAUGUCGAAGCCAAUGCGUCGUCUGAUACUCUGUUUUAUGAUCUACCUCAACCGUCCCUUGGUUCUACGAGCAGGCGGAUUUUUUGAAGUGGGCUUACCACUUUUCACCAAGACCAUGAACCAGGCUUAUAGUCUUUUGGCCUUGCUCCUCAACGUGAACAGCAAGUAAGCCGGAGAUAAAUAAUCUAUGCAAAUAAUAACAU